CUUCGUCGUCCGCGCUGCCUAAACGUUGUUUGCUCUCGCCUCCCACCCUGCUGCCUAAGCGGAGCGGAAAAUAUUGGGCAGGAAUCGAAGUCGAAUCGGAACGGAUCGCGUUGAGCAAAAACCCGUUUUCGCCCCCUCAGCUGGAGGAGUUCCCCUCUCUCUCGAGUCUCUAACGAGUGUCCCGUGUCCAGGAGGAGGUGUUUCCUCCACCUCGCGCCCUUGGGACUCUGCUGGCAUUGCUUUGUUAUUUGUUUGUUUGUUUGCUGCCUCAACCGUAACAAAGGGGGGCAGCAGCAGCAGCAGCAGAACAGUGCGAGUAUCUGAGUAUCUCAACAACUGAGUAACCAAGUAUCUGAGUAUCUGAGUAUCUAUGCGGCCACCAACCAAGUGCUAAAAGUGUUUGAUGAGCGCCAGCGCGAUCUCUGGCAGUGGCCAAAAAAAAAAUGAAAAAAGAAUAUAAAUGUAAAGCCAACAACAAAUAAUGCUAUAUAAUGCUAAUAAACCGAAAACACGUUUUAUGCCCUAUGUGUUUUGGCCGCCGUUGAUGUUCUUCUUCUCGGAAAAAAUACUCAUCCAAAACCAAAGAGCUCAACUGAGAAACACAUUAUAUACGUACUUCCAAUGCAGAUGCCAAUUCUCAAAUCCCAAUUAAACCGGAGCCCUCGAGAGUCACAACAAAGAAUAAAAAAAACACAAAAAGCGAGCCAAAUGCUGACGCAACUUUGUGCCAACUGAAAAAAGCAAAGAACAUAAGGGAAUUCCCAUAGGAAAACCAAAAGUAAUCCCAAUCACAAUACCACAACACAACCAUGAAUGAGCUGCAGGCCUCCAGUGUCCCGCUCGUGGACAAGUGCUCCGCCCAUGCCGUCAUACUGCCGCCGGCCAAGAGUCCCAACAAGGUCUCCGACUCAGCGGCCACCACAACUAAGCCAAAUGCGGUUCUCUACACGUCCAGUGGCAAUCAGAUCACCACGACGAUCGCCGCUAAUCCCGGCAACAGCCCGAAUCCCAAGCAGCAACAGGAGGAACCAGUGCCUCUCCUCAAUCAGCUGAAGCUGACUAACGACCUGAAGCCGAGCAGUCACGGAUCCCAGAACAACCUCUGCAAUGGCGGUCUGGGCAGCAAUGCCAUCAAUAAUCACAGUUUGGCGCCAAAGGUGGCCAACAGUAGCGCUGCCACAGGCAGUCCGAAUGGCCAGAAGAAGGGCACCAUUGCCCUGUCCCAUCUGCCUCAGCGGCCGCCGGUGGACAUUGAGUUCUGUGAUAUCUCCUACUCGGUGGCCGAUGGCCACCGGCGGGGUUUCAAGACCAUCCUGAAGAGUGUGUCGGGCAAGUUCCGGAAUGGCGAAAUUACGGCCAUCAUGGGCCCCUCCGGAGCCGGCAAGAGCACGCUAAUGAACAUCCUGGCGGGCUACAAAACUGCCCAGCUCAGUGGCUCGGUGCUCAUCAACAGCAAGGAGCGAAAUCUGCGACGCUUUCGAAAACUCUCCUGCUACAUCAUGCAGGACGACGUGCUGAUCGGCAACCUUACCGUCAAGGAGGCCAUGAUGGUGGCCGCCAACCUUAAGCUGGGCAAGAACAUGAUCAGCUACGCCAAGGUGGUGGUGGUGGAGGAGAUCCUCGAGACCAUUGGCCUCAAGGAGUCGGUGAAUACGCUGACCUGCAACCUGUCGGGCGGCCAGAGGAAGCGCCUCUCGAUCGCCCUCGAGCUAGUAAAUAAUCCACCCGUGAUGUUCUUCGACGAGCCCACCUCUGGCCUGGACAGCUCCACCUGCUUCCAGCUCAUCUCGCUGCUGAGAUCGCUGGCCAGGGGAGGCCGCACCAUAGUCUGCACUAUCCACCAGCCGUCGGCGCGUCUCUUCGAGAAGUUCGACCAUUUGUACUUGCUGGCCCAGGGCCAGUGUGUCUACGAGGGUCGUGUGAGGGGUCUGGUGCCCUAUCUGUCGUCCCUGGGCUACGAGUGUCCCUCGUAUCACAAUCCCGCUGACUAUGUCCUGGAGGUGGCCUCCGGGGAGUACGGCGAUGCGGUGCCAAAGCUGGUGCAGGCCGUCAAGAGUGGCGCCUGCAAGAAGUAUGCGCACAAGGACUAUGUCCGAACGCUGGCCCAAAAGCAGUCCAACCAACAAGAGGUUAUCAAGGCGGAGAACGCGGCCAUAGCGACAACUGCCACCCUGACCCUGGAGGACGAGAAGCCACCGCUGGAGGACAGAGAGGGAGGGGGACAACUGGAACCUCCGACGGUCGGAGACGAUCCCGCAGAGCUGAAACCACCGAAGCUGGAGACGCAGCAAUCGCAGAACUCGGAUUGCAGCGUUGUCAACAUGCCCACGACGGCCCUGGACGACAGCUGUAGCUUCAGCUCCUCGAAGGGCACCCACAAUGCAGUGGGCUCGGGACCCAGUGCCGUGGUUGGAUGCAUGACCUCGCUGCUGGACUCGCACGAAAGCGUCGUCACGCUGCCCAACAAAACGGGCUUCCCCACCAGCGGCUGGACGCAGUUCUGGAUCCUGCUCAAGCGCUCCUUCCGCACCAUCCUGCGCGACCGCAUGCUCACCCACAUGCGCCUCUUCUCGCACAUCAUCGUGGGCGCCAUCAUUGGAAUGAUCUACUACGAUGUGGGAAACGAGGCCAGCAAGAUUAUGAGCAAUGCCGGCUGCAUCUUUUUCGUCUCGCUGUUUACCACCUUCACGGCCAUGAUGCCCACUAUUUUAACUUUUCCCACAGAGAUGUCGGUGUUUGUGCGGGAGCAUCUCAACUACUGGUACUCCCUGAAGGCCUUCUACUUUGCCAAGACAUUGGCGGACAUGCCGUUUCAGAUUGUCUUCUCCAGUGUCUAUGUCCUAGUGGUGUACUAUCUCACCUCACAGCCCAUGGAAUUGGAGCGCGUCUCGAUGUUCGUGCUCAUUUGCGUGCUUAACUCCCUGGUGGCGCAGUCACUGGGUCUCUUAAUUGGAGCGGGAAUGAAUAUAGAAACGGGUGUAUUUCUUGGCCCCGUAACGACGAUACCCACGAUAUUGUUUUCCGGUUUCUUUGUGAACUUUGACACCAUACCGGGUUACCUGCAGUGGGUGACGUACGUGAGUUAUGUACGCUACGGCUUCGAGGGCGCCAUGGUGGCCAUUUAUGGCAUGGAUCGUGCCAAGAUGCAGUGCAAUCAGAUGUACUGCCAUUAUCGGGUGCCCAAGAAGUUCCUCGAGGAGAUGUCCAUGGAUAAUGCUCUGUUUUGGGUGGAUGCCGUCGCCCUAAUUGGGAUAUUCUUUGCCCUACGCAUCGUUGCCUACUUUGUGCUGCGAUGGAAGCUGCACAUGAUUCGUUAAGCGAUCGGGGAAAUUGUUCAUAGCCUUAGGUUAUUAUCAUUAUUUAGACAUCACCUGUACAUACAAUAUAUAUGGGGAAAGGGAAGGGGUAGAAAGGGACGGGCAAAAUGAAGGAAAGGCGCCAGGAGGAGGAGAAGAAACUGGACUGUAGCUAGGCAUAGCUUUCUACCGCAUUUUAUUCAUUCAAUUUCUCCCAGACAGAAGGCAGACAGAAGAAGCAUUCAACGUUUCUAAAAAUAUAUAUCGACUCGACUAUAUAUACAAAACGGAAUUUAUACACAUUCAUAUAUACACAUAUAUAUAAAUAGGAAUGCCCCAUCUUACACUUACUUAAACUUACACACCGAGGUAUAUAAAUUCUUGUGACCAAGCAGAAAAGAGUCUGAACUUAAGUAGGUUGAAAAACAUACACGAAACCUAAACCAAAUUGUAGAGCAGCAACCGGGUUAGAGCUCACUCCUUCCCAGAGACCCUCUUCGUAAAACCCUUUUAAACGAACCAUAAAACCCAGUAGAGAUUGUGCAAUAGCAUGGGCCAGGAUCAAGAAGCAGGAUCAGGAGGCAACCAUUCCCUUGUGAUAGUUGGAAGGCGGAUUUUGGUGAUAUGAAGCAAUUACUAUUAUUACGAGUGCGGAGAGGAAGGGCAAUCGGCGUAUAUUUGUGAUUAUUACAUUUUAAUUUAGUAACUGUGUUUAGUUUAAUCUUUUGAUACGUCAAACUACAUUUAUCCAUGCCAAAAUAAAUGCAAUUUUAAUUUUGAAAAAGAAAAA